AUGGGUGGCACGCAGGUGACACAGGUGACACAGGAAGCCAUGGGGGGAUGUGCGCGCCACGGUGACGUCAGCAUGGAGGGGACACGGGGGGUGGCAGUGACCACACGGGACCGUGCGGUGACACGCGAAGCCGUGGGUGACACGUGGCACCUGGUCCCACGGGUGACACACGAGCCCAUGGGGACACCUGAAACUGGGCAGAGCACGGGGAGGACACGGGUGGCACUGCGGGUCCCACGGGUGCCUGGUGACAGGGACACCGUGCCAGUGUCCCCUGCCAGUGUCCCGUGCCAGUGUCCCCGUGUCCCCCCAGCCCACAUCGAGGUCAUUCCCUGCAAGAUCUGCGGGGACAAAUCCUCCGGGGUCCACUAUGGGGUCAUCACCUGCGAGGGCUGCAAGGGCUUCUUCCGGCGCAGCGAGCGGCGCGGGCCGAGCCUGGCGUGUCACCGCGGGCAGCGCUGCGACAUCGACCGCGCCACCCGCACGCGCUGCCAGCACUGCCGCCUGCAGAAGUGCCUGCGCCUCGGCAUGUCCCGCGACGCCGUCAAGUUCGGCCGCAUGUCCAAGAAGCAGCGGGACCGGCUCCAGGCCGAGGUGCAGGAACAGCUGGAAAAGCGGGAAAAGCGGGAAAAAAACCGGGAAAACCGGGAAAAAAACCGGGAACACCGGGAACAGCCGGAAACGCGGGAAAACCGGGAAAAGGGGGAAAAAUGGGGAAAAGGGGAAAAGCGAGAGCAGGAACAGGCGGCCCCGGGGCCACCGGAGCCCCCCCCGGCGGGGCGCUGUCCCCCGCUGUCCCCCGCUGUCCCCGCGGGCUGUCCCAGCAGGGCGUGGCCCGCGGAGGAGGCGACAAAGCGGGGACAGGACGGGGCCAGCGCGGGGACAGCGGGGACAGCGGGGACAGGGCCGAGCCCUCACCCCGGUGCCGGCGGCGUCCCGGAGUCACCCGCGGGCCUGGAGAUCGUGUCCUGCUGUCACACCGUGCCACGUGCCACCCCCCGCGCCGAGGACCUUGAGGGCCACCGCUGGGCCACCUUCAGCCGCGAGGAGAUCUGCGCCUACCAGAGCCAGCCCAUGGCGGAGAUGUGGCAGCGCUGUGCCCGCCGCGUCACCGAGGCCAUCGAGCGCGUGGUGGAGUUCGCCAAGCGCCUGCGGGGCUUCCUGGAGCUCAGCCAGCACGACCAGAUCGUCCUGCUCAAGGCGGGUGCCAUGGAGGUUGUCCUGCUCCGGAUGUGCCGCGCCUUCGACGCCGCCACCGGCACGGUCCUGUUCGAGGGCAAACUGGCCGGGCCCGAGCUCUUCCGCUCGCUGGGGUGCCCCGAGCUCGUCGCUUCCAUCUUCGACUUCGCGCGGGGGCUGAGCGCGCUGCGCUGCUCCGAGAGCGAGCUGGCGCUGCUCAGCGCGCUGCUGCUGCUCAACGCCGGCCGGCCGUGGCUGCAGGACCGCCCGCGGGUGGCCCGGCUCCAGGGACAUCUGGAUGUCGCCUUCCGGCUCCUGCUGCGCCGGACCCGCCGCGAGGGGCUCCUGGCCAGGCUGCCCGCCCCGGGCCGGCUCCGCGCUCUGUGCUCGGCGCACCUGGAGCAGGUGCAGGCUUUCCGCCGCCUCCACCCCGCGGGGGUCUCGGCCGCCUUCCCCCCGCUCUACCGGGAGCUCUUCGCCCCCGACCCCGCCGAUGGCCCCGCGGGGACCCGCUGAGCGCCA